AUGGGCCAUGAACAUCGCGGGGCCGCCUCUUUCGGGCGCGAGGAGAGGCGGUCAGCGCUGCGUGGCGGUAUGCCACUGCACACUAUUGCUCCCCCGUCCUGGGUAAAGUUCGAGGUUGAGAUGCAGCGUGUCUCGGCGCGCGCUGCCGACAUCAGCGCCCAGCCUGGCCAUUCGUUCGAUACAAUCAUGUGCGCGAGAGUCGUCCGCGAUCCACACCAUGUCGAGCUGGCCGCGAGGGAGGCUAGCCACCUGGCCAACGGUCGGGUCUGGUCGGUCCCGGUGGAGAUGGCCCUGCUCGAGUCGACGACUUGCAAGGCUAUCAAUGUGCAAAAUCAACUGCUGGGAACUCCUCGUGACAAGCUGCAGGCGUUGAAGCAAACAACGCUUAUGUCGACCCCAGCAGCUACAUGUAGUCUCCUCGUCGUGGCCUGUGUGAUCUGGGCGCGUACACCCAACACAAGGAACACGUCGUAUCUGAACGCCAUGUCAUUCUCGCCCAUGAUGGCCGUGGGCGCACAGUCCUUGGUCGCCAUAUGA